AUGUUUGUGCCGGCGGGCUGGUGGCAUGCAGUGCUCAACCUGGACGACACGGUGGCCGUCACACACAACUACGCCUCCAGCGCCAACUUCCCCGCCGUGUGGCGCCACACCAGGAAGGGGCGGCCCAAGAUGAGCGCCAGCUGGCUGGCGGCGCUGCGCCGGGAGCGGCCCGACCUGGCGGCGGUGGCAGACCAGCUCGCCGCCGAGGGCAAGGAUGCGGCGGGGAGCGCAAGCAGCAGCUCCAGCAGCUCCAGCAGCUCCAGCAGCAGCAGCGGCAGCGGCAGCUCAUCUAGCAGCGGCAGCGACAGCGAGGGAGAGGGCGGUGGAGGCAGCAGGCCUGCCAAGCGGCAACGAGCCGAGGAGUCGAAUGGCGACGGGGCUGUGGAGCAGGCCAGCGAGAGGCCGGUGCAGGAGAUUGACAGAACUGCAGCUUAG